AUGGACCGCAAUUCCAAUGUUGUUUCAACUCCCAAGUGUUCUUUACAUACUGAAAGAUGUGGUGGUUCACAACCUAUUGUCCGCAUGGUCACACGUGCAAAGUGCCCAGCAAGAAGCACAUUGUCAAAGUCAUCAUGGAUUCAAUGGCACAGGAAGCAAGCAACAUGCGCUGCUGCGAGAGCUCUUCAUUGCAAGAUCAGGAAGCCAAAGGCCUUUGGAGGCUUUCUCACAGUUGAAGGAAGGGCACAACAGCUAGGAUUCCAUGCAUAA